UCGUGAUAAGCAACGGAUCCAUCCGUCAUUAGUCUUAUCAUUGCUAUAACGCCGUUGUCGGAAGCAGAGGGGCUUGCAUACGGAGUGCCCCUCCAAAACUAGUCCGAGUCGACAUUGCGAUUACCUACUACGUCAAGGUCUAGCAGAGAUAUAGUGGACUACCUGGUGGGCCAAUGUCUAAUACUAUCAUCUUAUCUGAAUAAUUUCUGAUAGACCACUCUUCUCAUCUUCUGAGUCGACACCUAGUGAACUACCUUCGUACAGCUGGGUCUUGUAUCUCCUCCAUACCCCUAUAAUUUAAGCAUAACCUCUUUUCUCGCUGAAACCUAUCUGGUCGCAAUAGUAAUGGCUACCGAAGGCAAGGGCCGUCUGGCUGGCAAGAACGCCAUCGUCACUGGAGGCGCUGGUGGAAUUGGCCUUGAGACAUCUAUCCUAUUUGCCAAAGAAGGCGCCAAUGUAUUGCUGGUCGACAUCUCAGAGCCGGCACUUGAAAAAGCCAAGGCCAAAGUCUUGCAGUUGGUGCCAAAAGCCGGCCGAGUAGAAACGAAGGUUUGCGAUGUUUCCAAGGAAGAGCAAGUCAAGGCGACGAUCGAUUCGCUAGAUUCGUGGGGAGGACUCGACGUAAUCUUCAACAAUGCGGGUAUUAUGCACGCACGGGACGACGACGCGGUUGGUACGCCGGAAGAGAUAUGGGACCUGACUAUGUCGAUCAACGUCAAGGGGGUGUGGUACGGGUGUAAGCAUGCGGUGCUGUCUCUGCGGCGCAACAAGAAGACCAAGGGCAGCAUCAUCAAUACCGCAUCCGUCGUGGCCCUCGUCGGUUCGGCGACUCCGCAGUUGGCAUACACGGCAUCGAAGGGCGCCGUGUUAGCCUUGACCCGCGAGUUAGCUAUCGUCCACGCGCGUGAAGGCUUCCGGUUUAACAGCUUAUGCCCGGCACCUCUAAACACUCCUCUAUUGCAAGACUGGCUCGGCGAUGACGUGCCUAAGCGUAUGCGACGAGAGAUCCAUUUUCCAUCCGGUCGUUUCGGCGAAGCCAUAGAGCAGGCUCAGGCCGUCGUGUUUUUAGCCUCCGAUGAAGCUAGCUUCGUCAAUGGCCACGAGAUGGUUGUGGACGGCGGCAUGACCAAGGCAUAUGUCACGCCUGAGGGUCCGCCCCUAGUCGCACCUGCGAACAACGCCUUGAAGAAUGAGCUAUGAGUUAGACUCGCUAUUCGUAGACUAGCAAACCGAAGAUAGAAAAAAUCCGAAUCCAAACGGAGACUCCUGAUUACAUUGUAUCACCGACUAUAUACAUGACCACCCAUAGGAAAUUGUCGAAUUUG